AUGCAAUUAACUACUACUACUAGUUCUACUUCCACAAUUAAUAGACCAUCUCCAUUACCUUCAAUUUCACAUCAUCAUCAUCAUCAUCAUCAUCGUUCAUCAAAUAAUAAUAUAUUACCACCUAUUCAUCAAUUAAAAUCUAUUUCAUUACCACCUAUAUCAGAUAUAUUAAAAGAAAAUAAUAAUAAUCAUCAGAAAUCUCCUUUAUCUUCGCCAAACCAUAUUCUCCCAUCAGUAACGCAUCUUUACCCUCAAUCUCAAUCUCAAUCUCAAUCUCAACAUCAACAACAACAUGGACCAAAUCAACCACAACAAUAUUUUAAUUAUACUCAUCAAAAACAAAAUACAUCAACAAUACAGAGAAAUAACUCAAUUAAUCCAGUUAAUUUAGUUAAUGACGGUUCAUCAAAUAAUUCAGGAUCAAGAAGAACUAGAAAUAAUUUACCAAAAGAAAUAACAUAUAUAUUAUUAAGGUGGUUACAUGAUCAUAUUAAUCAUCCAUAUCCAAAUUCAUUUGAAAAAAAUCAGUUAAUGAUGGCUACUGGAUUAAAUCAACAACAAUUAUCAAAUUGGUUUAUAAAUGCAAGAAGGAGGAAAAUAAAAACCAUUAAAGAACAAAAGAGAUUAAACUUGGUAUAG